GUAGCGCCAAUCCAUCGUCGUCAAUCCUCACCCUGUGCACAAUACAAGACGCCUUCGUACGAUCGAGGCCCAAUCAUGUCCAAAAAAGUACUCUUCCUACUAGCAGACUACGGCCACGACCCAACAGAAACCGCAGUCCCGUACAAUACCUUUUCUACGGCCGGCUACACUAUCACAAUCGCGACACAACACGGCACCAUACCCGCCUGCGACACGCGUAUGCUAACCGGCUGGACGCAAACCUUCCUCGGCGCAGACAAAGACACGAUCGCGCAGUACAACGCCAUGGCGUCUGGCGCGGCAUGGCAGCACCCCCGCGCGUGGAUAGAUACAAAAUUCACGCUGGAGGAUUUUGAUCUCGUGUUCCUGCCAGGCGGCCACGACAAGGGGAUCCGCCAGCUGCUUGACUGCCCGCGCGCACAGGCGCUGCUGGUGUCAUACUUCCCACUGACGAAGCGGUCGGAGCGCGGCAGUGGCAGACCAAAAUUCUGCGCCGCGGUGUGCCAUGGCGUGCAGAUGCUGGCGCAUUCGCGGACCGGCGAAGGUUUGAGUGUAUUGCGGGAUGUGGAGACAACGUCGCUGCCUGACUUCUUUGAGGCGAGCGUGCAUCGCGCGACUAAGCUGUUCUUGGGCGACUAUUACAAGACGUAUGGCGCAGGGACGGAUAGUGUUGCGGCGGUGGUUAAGGCGAGUUUGGCGGAUGAGGGGAAGCAGUUCAAGAACAGUAUUGAUGUGACGAGGCCGUUUGUUGUUGAAGAUAAGACGUAUCGGUAUUUUAGCGGGAGAUGGCCGGGAGAUGCGAAGGUGUUGGCUGAGAAGGUGGUCAAGGCUAUGAACAUGACAUCGAAUUAAUGUAUAUGUAUAUGUUGCGCUCGAAAAACUGUCAGUAAU